ACACACAGGCCAUAUGACUGAGUCAAGCUCAGUUUUUAGUUUGUAGCCGUGUUGAGAUAAGUCUUUCUGGGAAUGGUAGCUUGGUUGGACGGCAUUCCAUUUAGAAAUAACCAUGUGAGCUCAGCACCUACGGCUUUUUUUUCACAGCAUAAGAAACCUGGAAGUCAUUUUUAAAAGAUGUCCCUGAUUGCCAUGUCCGCCCCCCGGUCGUCUGUGUUUACAUUUGAGUCUUCAGUGCAUUCCUCCCAUGUGCUGCACUCCCUGGACGAGCAGCGUCGCCGGGACAUGUUGUGCGACGUUACCGUGGUGGUGGAGGGUCAGAGUUUCAGAGCCCACCGCUCUGUGCUCGCUUCCUGUAGCGAGUACUUCACGCAGAGGAUCUCUUCCCUCACACAGCAUGGGGCUGUAAUCACUCUACCACCAGAGGUGACCGCCGCUGGCUUUGAACCCUUGCUGAAGUUUGCCUACACAUCCAAGCUGCUCUUCGGAAAACACGAUGUCUUAGAAAUCCGAAACUCGGCUUCCAUUCUGGGGUUCAGAGACUUCGACGAGGCGUGUUUUGAAUUCCUCCUCCCGAAGUUCUUAUCCAGCAGCGAGGGCUCUUUUACCGAAAAGACGUGCUGCAAGAAGAAAUGCAACUGUGGCACAGAUUCCGACGAGGCUUUGUUGGAUGAGAAAGAAGUAAAACCAGUUGCUGACUCAUCAUCUCAGCAGGAAGUGCUUUGGGACUGUAACAAAUCUGUGACCAGUAAAAUGGGAAGUCUGAGCGGUACAGACACUCUUGCACCUGCAGCCGAGGCGACAAACGGCCGUUUCAUGCAGUGUCCAAAGUAUCGCAAGUUCCAGCAAGCUUGCGGAAAGGAAACUUGUGUCACAGACAAAAGUCUGACUAAUCAAGUGGCGGCGGAUGACUCUAAACUCUCCUGCUUGCCAUGCCCCAGUUAUACAAACAGUAAGAACGAAACUGAGACUAAAUUCCCUGGAAAUUCAACCUCAAAUGCGGUCAGACCGGGGAAAAAAGAGGCUGAGGAGCCUUGGAAAACUCAAACACAUGACCUGAAUGUGAAGAAUGAAAUGGAAAUAGGGGAAAUCAAUAUGAAAAUGGAGGAAGAGAUGCCGCAUACCACAAAAACAACCAACUAUUCGGUCAUGUCCAAUGUCAGGGACGUCUCCUUAGAGCCAAACACCAAACUGGGGAAGAGGUCAUCAGGGUUAAUAUUGCACCAGUGCCCUCAGAGGGCUGCAAGUGAGGACCUCACCGGGUCACUAGGCCAGGAAGGUUUUGACACGGACAUUAAAGAAGACAGGAAAGCAAGGCCACUGGAACAAGUCCCCAUUCAUCAAAAGGCUGAGGCAACUGUGAGCAAAAGGGCAGACAAUCCCUGUCCAAAAGGACAAAAAGGAGGACAGUGCGGCAGCAUGGAAAGAGUAGCCUUUUCAGUAAAUAAUACCAGAGAGAGAAGCACAAUGGAGAAAGAGGUAGCUGAGCACCUGGCACAGCGGUUGGGGUCAGACUCGUGCUUCUCUCAGCUGAACCCCCAGGACCCCGAGGCGGGAAGCUCUGCUGACGCAGGGAUGGUGCAAAGCACACCUUCAGAGUGGCUGGCGUUUCACAGCAACUUCAGCUCCACCCGAAGCAACUUUUUCCAGGAUGUGGACCAGAGGAAGUGUUUAUGGAAAGCGGCGGGGCUGUCUGAGUGCGAGGGGGCAUCUCAGUCGGGUGUAUCAUCCCUGACUUCAGGGGAGGAUGGAGACUCGGAGACGGAAACGGAGGGAGACAGUGAGUCCUACACAAGAGAGAGAGCCAGGCAGAUACAGCUGCCAUUCUCUGUGGACUGGAUAGUGGACCUGAGCCGAAACGACUUCCAGCAGCUGCUGAAGCAGCACGAGUUCACGCGUGAGCAGCUAGAGUUUGUCCAUGAUAUGAGGAGACGCAGCAAAAACCGCCUCGCCGCCCAGCGCUGCCGCAAGAGAAAGCUGGACUGCAUAUACAACCUGCAGUGUGAAAUCAACAAGCUGAAGACAGAGAGGGAGAAGCUGAUCGUGGAGAAGAGCCACUUGAGUCAGCUGAAGCAGAAAACGUGUCGCAGCGUCUCGUCCUUGUGCCAGAGGGUCUGUGGCGAAGCCGGUCUGCAGCCGGAGCAGCUGCAGGUGCUGGCCAAAUACACCUCCCCUGACUGCCCUCUGUCCUCCAUACUUCCUCACAUAGACAGACUUCUUUUACAGCACGGGAUGCCACUCCAGCCCCAGGUAUCGCUCGUGGGCCCCGACAUGUACACGGAGCCCGAGGACGCUCCGUCCACCUCCGGCAGGGACACAGUCACAGGGCAGCGUUCGCUUUAGGUAACGUCGCUUUCACACGCGCUGCUACAAGUAGGACCGUGGUGCUUGAGGCUGUGACAUCAAACUGGAUAUUAAACCGUACUGUACCUAAUGUCACGUCACGUAGCCUAAAAGGACAUUGCCGUGUAGUACGCUCUGACGCAUGGUGACAACAGAAGACUCUUAUAAGCAGAUGUUUAAAUUGACUUAAAUGCUGCCUUAUUAAUUCAGAAAAUGUGUAAUUAUGGGUUGGGUGUCCAUCCAGGUGUUCAGGCCCCCAAACUGAGAGAUUAAGUAGGGACCCCAUACCUAUUACAUGUGUUCUAUAUUAAAUUUGGCCUGGUGCUUUUAAUAAAUAUGCAUUAUUAUUAUCAGUUUGCAUCCAAUAUUAAGCUAUCCCUUAUCCCUUUCCUACAAAAAUAUGUUGGAUUCAUGUUAAUGUGUAUUUAAAGAAAUUUAAAUUAGUGAAAAUUUAAAAAAAAUAAUAAUAAAAAAAUAUAUAUAAAAAUGUCUAAUCAACCAAAGAUAUUGCGUCCCCCCUGCAGUGCCCCUGCAGACCCCCUAAGGGUUGUGGACCCCCUGUUGAUUUAAAUAUAACAGUGUCUGGUUAAAAUGGGGAAAACAAACCAGCUCUGUUAGGAUGCACAUUAAAGGUGUUAAACUUUACAACUGAGUCAUUCGCAGCUUCAGUCACAAAUCAGAGGGAACAAUGGUCUGCCUUUAUAUCAGUAACAUGCUUUACUGCUUAAUUACCUCAGGAUGACUUCUCCUAAUCGUUUGCUUUUGAAAGCAUUUUAUACAGUUUGAUACAAUCGGAUUCUCAGGUGUCCACCCAGUAAUUUCACGUACCUCUCGCAGACAGUGUUGGUGCCGUCCUCCAAGACUCAGAGCACAACAACACAGCACUGUAUUUUGCUCCAUAGCCACACAACCCAACAACUCAGAGUACCGUGUUUACCUUCAGCCUGGCUGACUCUUCUGCCUGGCUCUUUUUUUUUUUUUGUUUUGUUUUUUUUGUUUUUUUUUGUUCUGGCUGUCACUGUGGUAGCCUCUCCUAAGCUGCCCACAGUGACACGGCUCUUUUGAGUUGCACACACCUCUUCUCAGAGCUUCACAUGACUCACUCACACAGACCUCAGAAAUUCACUUAAAAGUUCUGCACUUUGGCUUUGAUAUGUGAGCAAAGCACACAUUUAGGAGGAAAACUGCCUCAUGGUCUUUACUGUAGCAGGCACUGUGCUCUUUUUGAUUUUUAUUAGAUGGAAAUAUCGCGUGUUACUCACAGCCUAAUCAGCUUUUUAUCACCUUUAUGUACUUUACUGCCAAAAGGGUCAAGUGAACAAUGUGUCAAUAACACAUUUAUAGAUGCAGUACAAGCAGAUUUGUGUUUAUACUUCGUGUCUCCUAUUCUGUUAUGUGCAUCUCUGCAUUACUAUGACUUUUUUUUUUUUUUUUACUCCUGCUUAUUGUAAAUAUGAGACUCUCAGGGCUCUUCACAGAAAUCCAGCUUUGCAACUUCUCCAAUGAUUCCUUCUGAUCGCCUUUUUGCUGUACUAUAUUUCCAACCUACAGUAUUUGUAGAAUUCUUGUCACUCGUAAUAAUCAUCCCAGGUGUUCUUUAAAUGAUUUAACCAUCAAGUGAACAUUUGUGGGACGUCUAGUGAUGGUUAAUGACAAAGGAAUGUGGAGAUAUUCAUUCUGCCACAGAGCUGAAUGCAGACUGCACAUUCAGUCCAAGAUAAUCAUGCUGGUGCAUAGCGCCCUCUAGUGUCUGUGCACGGUAUACAGAUUUGUACUGGAGUGUAUACGGCACGAAUAAAUCUUCUUCUAUGUGUGUUAUUUGAUUUUGAGUGUGACAAAAUAAUUGUUCAUUUCCAUAAUCUCGUCAUCUUUUUUUUAGUUGCCUAAUGUUAAUCAGAAGUAAAAUGUAUUCAGAGAGUGAUAAAUAGCUGAGCUGUCAAGGUUUUCUGUUCUGUGGACUCAUCCUGCAACCUGAAUAGAUAUAUUAAUAAUUAAAUACUUUUAAUCUUU